CCUGGGUACUAGUGGCUAACAAAGAUGGCGUCCAUAGCGAGGUCUUACAUUCUCGACAAAAAACGGUGAGAAAUCUUCCCAGAACAGAAAAUCGGACAUGCAUUCUCCUCUUCUAAGUCUACUUGGCACAGCUUUCCAUUUACUUAAACAUUUUAAUUUGCGUUUUAAGGCAACAACAGGCGGGAAAUCAAAGAUGUCAGAAGUGUUUACAAAUUGGCCAUUGGACGUAUGAAUGUACCAACAAACGCAAGUACUUACAGAGAGAUUCAAGAACCGCUGUCAUAAAAAAGAAAAUAAAAUUGAUGAAAUCUGAGAAAGCAAAUACUGAUUCAACUAACAGGUAGGCUCAGUGAUUUUUUCGGUGAAGAAUUAAAAUUUCUUUACAGGAUGGUGGAAAUUAAAGAGAAACAUGGUGGCAGAAGGGGGGGACCACCCAUCACGCCGAUUUUUUGAAGCUAUUACGCAUCACAGAAAAAUGAAAUUUGAACUACAUUAACAAGUAUCCUAUUAUCAUUUGAUCUGAUGAAAUCAGAGGUCGAUGAACGAGAAAAAAGGGCAAGAAGUUGGUGUCAUAACUAUCUCUGCUUCUAGUUUCAAAAUAAUGAUAUUAACCAUCACAGAAAUUUCAAAGGAAAAUCAUGCAUGCAUCACAUGUUGUGAAAAUAGUAAAUCAAGCAUCAUGCUGCUAUGCCCAAUCACGCCUCAUGCGGCUACUUUGGCCCCGAUCACAAAACACACUGAUAAUUUGGGUCUGAUCACACAGCACGGAAAACUCCUUUGCCAUCUUGGAGAAACUCAGGAGAGAACUGGUAGAUCACGGGCAGCCCAAACUUGGGGUUUAUGGUCAUCAGCUUCCUCCGGUCCUUCAGCCAUUUGUUGACCACCCUCCCCUCCUGUGUGGUCCUGGGAACUUGUUAGGGGUCAUGUGACCCCUGUGGUGUUCCUUGUACUUUUUGUCCGAACCAUGUGCUUGAUGACUCGUGUUCCUUGAAAGUAUUUAAGCCGUAUAGUCGCUCGAUACACUACACCACUGGAGGGGCUACUUUUAGAAUUCUUUAGUGAGUGUGCCACUAGAAUCGUGGAACUCUACUAACUAUGCCAAGCACCAAAAUUUCUAAACCUCCCAACUUUUCCUAAGUUAAAUGCGUGUGAAACAAUCCAACAACUUCCAAACAGUGCCAAAGCCAUUCUGAUGACUUCCAACUGGUACAAAGAUAUUCCAGUGAUUUUCACGAGUUGACAAAAUUUGUGGAGUGUUAAAUCUCGGUGCCAUAUUGCCAAAAUCAUGCAAAUAAUGCUGAGGUUGCAAAUAUCUUGGCAAGAUAUCCAGUGUCACCUAUUUGGUUGCUUUUCACCCUAAUGGUUACUGAAUAAAAUUAUUGUAAGUCAUGUGUGUGAAAUAUAUUAUUGCCCUGAAAGCUUGUUAUGGAAGUUUUUUAUCAGGGGGCAUGUGAAACAUGCAAUAUGAUGUACGGUAUCUGAGUUGGCAGAUAAAAUUCUCCUUCCUGUCCCGGACUAACUGUGAUCAUGGAAACUCCGGUCUUGAUACCACUGAAGAAUCCUGCACAUCUGUUAGCAAGACCAUGUCACAAAAGGGGAGUUGCUUGACAGAGCAGGAAUGAAGGCACUGAGUGAUGAAUAAUAUUGAAUAAAGAUGACGGAAAAUGUUUGGGCACAUCCUGAGACAAGACCAAAACAGUGACUACAAUUAUGUAGCAUUGACCUAGAAACCAAAUGGAAAGAGACAAAGAGGAAGACCUCAAACUACAAUGACGAGGACAGAGGAAAAAAAGUAAAGAGAGAAGGGGGUUGGGGGUCUUGGGAUGAGAUGUGAGAAGAAGGAACUGACUGUCAGAGAGAGUUAGAAAAGCUCUGUGAAGGUCCUAUGUGCCAUAGACGGACACAGAGGAUAGGUGUUCAAGGUGGAGGUGAUUGAAUAAAAGUUGUAACAUGAAUGGUGCGUCCUCACUACACUACCAAUGUAACACAUCAUUUUGUUGAAUCAUUUUCUGACCACCUCACCUGCCACCUACUAAUUUCAUUUUGUAAGAAGAAUCUGAAGAGUGGUUAAUGAUGACUUUUUCUGGGGCAUGAUUUGAUGUGUUUCUGCCCUGUUGGCUAAGCCAGUCAAAACACUGUUGCUAAUUAGUUGCUUAUUAAUUAUCCAGUUGCUAAUUAAUUCUUGGUGUUAACAACUGGAUCCAAAGAGUCAGAGAUGCAUUGUUUUCUUUUGAUGCAUGUUUCCUAAUUUGCUGUUUUUCUUAAUUCUUUCUAGUGAGGUUAUUGAAACUGAGAACAAAACAACAAACAAAAGGUAUCCCAACAUCUUAGUCAUUUUACUCAUGUUUAUGUUCAUAAUAUAGCCUCCCACAGUGAACCCACAGAAUCAAGUUGUCACAGACAUAUUUUUGGCUUGUCACGCAAUCCUGCGUGAUGAAACCCUAUGAACAUCUGUGUGGAAGGCUAUUGAUAAUAGAGACCUUUGGAUGUGAGGACAAGGACUAUUACAAGGACGAGUAUUCACUUGAAUUUUUUCAUCUAUUCUCACGGAAUAUACAUCUCAGAAAGCUCUAUUGUACUUGUUUUUUACCUGUUAAUCCCUCUCCUGAUCACAAAAUCAUAAAACUUCUAACCUUUGAUAACUGGUUUCCACCCUUAUGACAUUUUUGCUUAAACCUGUAAUGUAUUCUCCCACAUUUUCCUACCUAAAUAGUGCUGGUAUACAUGUGCACACUACUUAAUAUUAGGAAAUAUUGUCCUCAUAGAUAUUUGUCCUCAUUUUCAAAUAAAAGGUCCCCAGUGUUGCUUAUUAUCUCUUUGUGACGCUUAAAAAUGAAACUGGCCAAUUUAAAUUUACCCAGGACUCAGCUGAAUAGGUAAGAAAGUGUUGACCUCAGUAGUUUCUGAAAAAUAGCAACUCUAGGACUCUCUAGAACUCUAGGGAUUUUGGGAGUUCAGUCCAGUACAGUGUAAUGAAAUUGUGCUGAACCAGGUCUGGUAUAGGCUGAUAGUCAGGGGGGUUCCAGUGGCACAUCCCCACCCAUACAAUUCUUAAAGUGCCCCCAGGGAUUCCUGGGACUUUGCCUUAUACAGAUUUGACUGUAUUAAGAUAAACACCACUACGCUAAGGCAAAGCCACAUUAUUUUAUUUCUUUAUCCAUAGGAAAGGCAGCGGUAAAAGUGAAGAUGAAAGUGAUGAGUCCGACGAGUCUUCAACCACAGAUAGCAGCAAUGAGAGUAACUCCUCAGAGGAAAGCAGCAAUUCUUCUAGCGACAACAGUAGCAGUAGCAGCAGUAGUGGUGAAAGCAGUUCAGAUCAUGAGUCUGACAGCAGUGAUGAUGAUAAACCAGUGAAAAAGAGGAAAAAGAAAAGUCGUUGAAACUUGGCUGACAUUUUGAAAGGACAAAAAUUGCUCGCUUUGCUGUGUCACUGAUAGGAUUAUGGAACUUGGUCAUCACCGUGAUCAGUGCUUCCAAGUUGACUUAUCAAGUGAGGAUACAGCUUUUAUUAUUUCCAAGAACACGAAUAGUUUCCCGUGCAGCCGUUAUGUGUCUCGUCACGCAAUAUCACGCAACACUAGAGCGUCUGGUCACGAGACAAAUAAUAGUCGCUUUGGCAGAUCGCUUUGGAGACUAGCAAACCUGUGUGACGUAAAUGUGCCGCUCAGCAGAGAAGGAGCCCAAGAACGUAUUACUCUUUGUUUCUUUUUAUUUGUUAGUAACACAGGAUGUUUAACAGUGAGUAGCCUGCAUGGCUGGCGGUUUGUUUAGCGAGAGGGAAAAAUAAACAGCAAAAAAGCGCAAAGCCACAAGGAGAAUAGGACGGAAACGAGGGUGCAUGCCCCUUUCUUUCUUGCGCUCAUAGUACUUUCAAGCGCCUGGUAAGCAGGAAUGCAUGAUAGUUUUUAACCUGUGUAGCUGGCGGUUUUCUUGUCAUUUUCAAAUUUCCCCGCGGCUUCGCCGUUCGUUCACUCGCUCGCUCCCCGAUAUUAUUUCCAUGUAGUCAGGCUAUAAAGUUUUAAGUUAUGACUAGUAGAAAUUCUUGGGUUCACGCCUUCUGCUUGUUACAUUAUCAUGAAGGCCAUAACGGAAUGAACCUGUGGAUUUCAAGACACGUACAGUACAUUUGAUGAGAGCUGAGAAGGAUUUAAAG